AUGUUGCAUUCUACAAACAAUCAGCAGAAACCAAUUGAAACAAAACAAGCUACUGUUAAUACUAUCAAGCAAAAAAAAAAACUUAAACACACAAUUGUUUCUGGUUUAUUAACUAUCAUAGGCAUUUUGUUACUAAUAAAGUUUUUAUUUAAUGCUAAUUGUAAGGAGGAUACAAGCAGUUUAUGCUUGUUAAAUAUUAAUCCAAAUGCUACAAUACGAAAAAUCCAAGUACAUUUAUCUAAUAAUAUAAAAAAUAAGUUUCAGAGGUUAAUCUCGAAUAAUAAUUCAACCAAGCUCUCCAAGAUCCAUGGCAAUCCACCAAGCAUUGGUAAUUUAGAGUUUAAUCCUGAAGAUGCAAACGGGUUUAAUAAAGGUUUGAUGAUUUUAUUCGGUUUAGGUUCAAUAAUCUUUUUCAAUUGUAUGUUAAUAUAA